AUGGCUUUGUCUGCUGAUCUCGUUGCGGACAUCUCGUUCAAGCUGCAACAGGUGCAAGAAGGCGAUCGACUUGUAAAGACGGUGCAUGCGGCUAUCAGCCAGCUUGAGUCGCAGGGCCACGUCUACACGAUGCAGCUUCAACCGACCAUGGUCGGGAUCAGUUCCCAGAACCGCGACGGGAGCGGGAUUAAUCCCGUAGAUGUCCACGAUCUUCUGGGCGACAUAGUUCAAGCCGGCUGGCUUGAUGCCAGGGUCCAGGCCAUCGCCCAUGAGCCAACUGGGCAAGAGGACAUCGAUUGGAAUGUCCGUCUCUUCCAAAGCAUGCAUGAUCGCUGUGGGCCCCUGGAGCCCACGAUGAUCAAAGCACUCUCCCUGGCAGGGUCACACACAAACUCGGUCUUGCGGUGCUUCCACUAUGAGGUCAUGCAUGAAGGAGACGAGACCGUGUGUCAUGAUGGAAGACUCAGCAUGGAGCUGCUUCGGAAGCACGAUCCGGACUUCGCGAGGGCGGUUCGCGAAGGAGUCGUUUGGAAGAUCUUGUCAAAGCACGUCGCUGCCCAGCUGCCGCAGCUGUUGGGACUUGUCCAAAGGAUGGGAAACGCCACACAUCACCGUGGCGAACACGAGCUCCAACUGAUGAGACGGCUGCAUCAGACUUGGGUCCAGAUGAGCUCUCAGGGUUCUGUGGACUUCCUGGCACUGAAGAGCAAAGUCACCACGGGGAAGUCCGUGCAUGGCAAGUCCAUGCCGCAUCUUUACAGUUUCGUGUUGAAGACUGCGGGUGGCACAGAUCCGUUCUUGCUCAACGAGACUGAAACCUUCGUUAGGUUGCAUUCCCCCAGCACACGUUCAUUGGGACCUGGUUUCUGGGAGAAGGUCAGUGCCGAUGUCAAAGGUUCCAACCAAUUCCCACGGUUCCGGCAUGCCAUGGUGAAGCUUGCAUACUGCAAAGAAGCUGUGGGGUCUGCCGAGUGCAAGAAGAUGUUGCACAAGGAUUCAACGGCCUCUGUCAAGGAGGCAGACACCAUCAUGAGCACGUGGCGAAAGCUUGUGACGGCCCUGCCGGAUGGUGCAGAGCUUCUCAUGAAACCCGAAGUGCAGACCUGCUUGUCCUAUGGGGACAUGUCCUUGGCUGCCUUCACCCUGAAUGUGAUGUUGCCCGGUGAAGACUUGAAGAAGUAUAAGACAAGCCAAUCCCUCGCCCAUGACCUCGUCCUGAUUUUGGAAGGCAUCCUCAAAACAGACCUGAAUGGGCCCUGGGCGGCACACAAGGUCGCAGAUUCGGGUGAGGCAUCGGGUUCCAAACAGGUGGGAGCACCCAUGGCCAUCAUGAGGGAGCUGAGCUCCGACGGCUCGGUGAAGGAUUCAGCGGUGAUGAUGGCCGAGUCCGGCUUUUCAGUCGGCCAAUAUGUCCGUCGCAAGGCGGAUCAGGAAACUGGCCAGGUGACGGCGAUCGAGCUUGGCCGUGUCAAGCUGAAGCAGCCCUCGGGGUCCGUAGUGCGGGUGUCGAUCGACAGCUUUCUCGCAGGCCACUGGCAGGUCUACACACCCAAGCCGGAACCCCAGACGGUGGAUGACUUGUCAGUGUAUUCGCCUUUGAACUUCCCCGAAUACGAGCGACAGAUGCUGUUGGCAUGCUUGUACAUGGACAUGCAUGAGCUCAUGCAAAAGCACGACACGAAUCCCAUGCUGCAGAAGCUCAGGGUCACUUUGAAGCCUCGUAAGUCAGUCCAAGCCACGGCAUUCAUCCCGAAAAACAAGCUCAUCAUGGUCCCCAUGGGUUUGACGAUCAAGCACGGUCAGAAGAAGCCCGAGGAUGCGAUUUUCGAUAUCAUCACCCCCAUGAGUGACUACUUCUUCUGGAUUGUUUCGUUCAUUCAGAUUCCGAAAGCCGAAGGGGAUGCUGGCUUCAUCAAUCCUGCAUUCCUUGUGCAGCCGCUUCCCGUGAGUGACACUUGGAAUUGCGAGGUUUCGCAUGUCAAGUCCAAUCGAGACAAGAAGGUUCAACUCCCCAUCCUCAAGAACACCCUGGACCUGCAGCAGGACGAUGUGCUGUAUAUGCCAAAGGCCGAGAAGACUGUGCACGUCGAGGCCUUGCAGGUUGACACCCCGCCAAGGAAGCGAAUCUGCUCCAAGAAGCCGGGAGAAGAUGAGGAGAUGACCGCACCCACGGUGGUGACAAAACAGAUCGUCACAUACGGGUCAGGGCUCACUUGGAUCCCGGAACAAAAGACGGCCGAGGGAGUCACAUGGUUCAAAGUGAGCAAGUGGGAUCGAGGAUUGUUUCGGUUCGUGUACGGCAAGGGCUUGGAUCUGAGGAAGAAUACGGACAAUCAAAACUUGUCACUCGACACACCUUUCUUCGAGAACAUGUUGGCCCGUCGCCAAGAAGCAUUCAACGAGGCUAUCUCCGAAAGACUCAAGGAUGAAGAGAAUGACGAAGCCCCACAGCCGGAGAAGGCCCAGAAGAAGACCAAGAAAACCAAGGAGUUCAAAGCUACACAGAAGCAUGACAUUUAUGCACCCCACAGCAUUCAGAUUGACUUGCCCGGCGAGGCCGAGGAUGGCAACAAGGUCCAAUGCCGAACUUUGUUCGAGGGAGUGGGCACUCGGACUAUGUGGCUGGAACUGAAGGACGAUGUCGUGAAGCACAUCCAGACCAGCUUCAAGCAUUCUGAGGCCAAGCCACGAAAGACGAUCAAGCCUAAAAGGGCCAAGGACUCACCGCAAUGGUGGGCCUUUGAUCGGUGCGGGCUCCUGGAGGUGUUGCUGCCGAACGAGGACGCCACAUGGAGCACCAGCUCAGCCAUCCUCGGUUGGCACAAGCAGAAGAAGAAGUGGAGGAUCCUCGACAUGUUAGGUUGGCUGUGCCAGGAUUGGGAGGGCACGUGGUGCCCUGCUGAGCUUGUGCUCCAGGAGAUCGAUGCGACGGACUACGAGGAGCUGAAGAAGGAAAAGGAGCCGGAUCGGCCAAAGGAAGAAGACGGCGAGAUGGAGGAGGUCACAUGUGAGGAGCCCGACAAGAAGGACAGUGCUUGCAAGAAGCCGGCCGAGCCCAAGGAGCCGCCGCCGAAAUCCAAGAAGGGCAAAAUGCCAUGGAUCCCACCGCCACCCCCGGCUCCAGCCGCCAAGGCCUGGUGCUGGCCGGACAAGAACCAGGAGUCGGGGCCAGGGGGCGGCGAAUCUGGCAUGGUCUCGACACAGUCCGAAAGUGUGGCGAGGCUCAUCGACCACAUGCUGGACCAGGCUUUCGUGACAUUACAUGUGACAAGGCUGGUGGCCACGGCAAGUGAGCCGGUGGGCUGCCUGAAAUUGAUUUCCGGCAUGGCGACUUCGAAAGCCUUGGGCGACCAACUGCUCACCAUCUCCUCACUCGCAGAGACCAUGACAGACCAGACAACGAAAGACCGGAUGAUCGAGUCCUGUAUGGAGUCUGCCAAGAAGCAGAUUUCGGGUCUCCGGCUCACGGAUUCAGCAGAAGUCCAGACACUGUUCGCUAUGGUGCAGUCCUUGAACUUCAGCGAGAGUCAGAAGGACGAGCUGAUGCGGCAGAUCGGUGAUCGUUUCGUGGCAUGCAGCACACCCAAAUCACAGGGCAGCAAGAAGUCCAUGCAGACCAUGGACGACCCGGGAAGUUUCCUCCGGGCCUCGGAUGUGACCUUCAUCUCGAACCCAGACCACACCAUUAAGGCCAAGGCAAGUCGGAUGGCCAUGAUGUUUUGCAGCAUCAACUGCAGCUGCCCGACGGAUUUCAAAGCAGCCUUGAAGUCGCACUUCAAGUCCAAUCCCAGUGGGUCGACGAGCCAUGUGCACAACUUCACGACACCGGCAGAUCUACCCUCCGAUGUGUAUACGAGAGCAUAUGGUGACGAAGGGCCGUCCGGACAUGCCGGCCUGGGUGGCUCCAUCGGUCCAGUUCGAAAGUCUUCUGCGAUGUUGAAGAGCCAGAACAACCAGAAGGUUCCUACUCUAGACCUUCAGGUGCCUUCGCAGAACAACAUGGCGAAUAUGAUGAUGCAAGGGUUCCAGAGCAUGCAGCACAUGUUCAAUGUCUUCGCAGGUGCACAGCAGGCUGGCAUGUCCGGCCAGCAGAACAUCUUCAUGAACAACACCAAGACGAACCCGCCGAAGCAAACCCUCGCAAUCACGAAUGGACCCGAUGCAGCAUCGAGUCCAGCACGUGCAGAGCCGGAGCAAGCUCAGCCGCCUAUGACUCCGGAAGAGCAGGUGAACACCAUGCUCUCCAGCUGGAAGAAUCGUCAAGAGGAGAACAAGAAGAAAGCCGAGGAUGGCAAGGCUGGUGAUCCGGAGGGUGGCAGCGAGAAGGCCGAGGCGAAGGGCCAUCAGGAUGUGCAAAGUGCCGAUGGAAGCGAGGCUGCUGCCCUAGACCAAUUCCUGCAAAGCUUGGGCAUUGCCCGAAUCAUGACAUCCAGCUCCAGCUCCAAACCUUUGGCAAGCCUGGGGAGGAAGGUGUUUGUAUCACAACGAGGUCUGGAAUCCGUGCUCAGCGAUUUGAAGAAGACCGGUUUCCUCGCCGACGAUUUUGCUACCACCUCGCGAGCCUCGAUUAAGCGAGCGAGGGAUGGUGAAGAGAAGUCGUGGGAGAAUGCCUUUGGGCAGAUGAUCAUUAACAUGGACAUCCCACAUGAGAGCGAUGACACGAAAUUUGUAAGGGUUCCCUUCGUGCCACCUGUUGUGCUGCUGCAGCACUGCAUCGCCAACGAGCAUUACCAUGGACUGCUCAAAAAGUGUGGCCAGUCCAGCCCUGGAGACAAGCUGGGCAUCGCUAUAUAUGCUGAUGAAGUUAGUCCCGGCAAUCAGCUAAAACCGCUGAAUGCCAGGCAUGGUGUGGUGCUGCAGACAUCCACCACAGCAUUUCCCGUCUUUGCCGACCUCUCUGUUCUUAUAGCGGACGAGGCAGCCCUGAAACAAACAGCUGAAAGCAAAGGUGCCUCGGGCACAGUGUUUUGUAUGAGAUGUGCGAAUGUCGUUGCCCACCGAAGCGGGCUACAGGACCAUGGCGAUGUUCUCUCGUCGACAUGCACUGACUUCACGAAGUUUCGCUUGCACACGAACCGGUCGGUCGGUGAAAUCAUGAGGUACCUCUCUUCCCAACAUGGCACGGUUUCCCAGAAGGACUUCCAAACAAUGGAAAAAGCUUUGGGCUACAACUACAUGCCGGGAGGCCUCUUGAUGUCGAAUGUAGGACACAACAUUCCGGAGAUGAUCAUGUUCGAUUGGUUCCACAUUUACUUGGUCCACGGUGUGGCCGGUAACGAGGUUGGGGUGUUGCUAGGCCGCCUCCGAGACAGUGGCUUUCCCGAGCAACAGAUACACGACUUCGUGCAAUCCUUCCAUUGGCCGGUGCAAUUCGCUGGUGCGGAUGCCAAGUCAGUUCUCGCCAAAAAGCGAGAGGACAAGACUGCCCCGGUGAAAGCAGAAGCCUCCGAGCUCCUUAAUUUCCUGCCGGUCCUGCAGUUGUUCCUUAUCCUCUUCGUCUGGAGGGAUGCUGACGACUCCCUGAAGAGUUGCUGUCACGGAUUCUUCACCUUGUGCAAAAUCCUUCGCAUGCUGAGGAAAGCCACUCAGGGUGGCUUGGACCCUGCUGCCCUCAGGGGUGCCAUUAAGGAGCAUUGCGAACUAUACCUCGCCAACUACGGGGCAGAGUACUGGGUUCCGAAGAACCAUAUGACCAUGCACCUACCCGAAUUCUUGUCUCGUCACGGGCUGCUCCUUUCGUGCUUCGUGCACGAAAGGAAACACAAACUGGUCAAGAGGUUCGCAAACAACAUGAAGGACACCUCCAGAUCAUACGAAGCUACCGUCCUUCGCGAGACCCUUGCAGCUCAGUUCCUUGCGAUGCAGGACGAACUCCCUCAAGGGGAUGUGCGACUCAUCGGCAAGAGACGGUGCACAAAGGCAAUGGCCAGCCUGAUCCGGGAUGUGUUCGGCAACUCCGACGGUGUGUUUCAAGCACAGGCAGCAUUGCAUGGCGGAGGAUUCCGGUGCUCCCAUGGAGAUGUCGUCAGAGCCAAGCAUGCACAGGAACACGUUGUCGGCAUGAUUCACUUUCAUGUUGAAGUUGACGGCCUGCCUCUCACAUGCAUGAGUCCAUGGAGCCAUGUGGCCGAUCACAUGUACCGUGUGAAGCACGAAAGUUUCUUCAUCAACACGGCAUGCAUUUUUUCGGCUUGCAUCUGGUCUCGCAAGGGCGACGAUGCCAUCGUGUUGUUGGAGUGA